GCUCGCGCGCAGCUUUAAAUAGCAGGUGUUUUAGGCGCCGCUCGUUUUAGCUGCUUCUCGCCUGUGACCUCUGCGCCAUGUCCGCCGCCAGCCCCGAGCCGUCCGCGCCGAUACCGACAUCACCGGGACGUGUGUUCUUUCAGACGGCACCCGGUGUGGGCUGUGUUGGCAACGGCCCGGUGCCGCGGGACGACCCUGUGCAGAAGAAGCAGGGAAAAGUCACGGUGAAGUACGAUAGGAAAGAGCUGCGGAAGAGACUCGUGCUGGAAGAGUGGAUCAUAGAGCAGCUGAGCGAGCUGUACGACUGCGAGGAAGAGGAAAUGCCUGAGGUCGAGAUCGACAUCGAUGAUCUUCUGGAGGUGAACAGCGAAGACGAGAGAGCUGUAAAAUUACAGGAAUCUCUCACAGACUGCUUUAAGCCUACUGAUGCUUUUGUACAGGAGCUCCUCAGAAGGAUAAGAGGAAUGAGGAAACUCGGUGCUCCGCAGAAGAAAAGCCUUUAAAUGCUCAGCACAUGGCAACGACAAUCCAGCUGCAGUGACUCGAAAUCCAUCAUCCAGCCCACACUCGGUUCACCCUAACCAGCUCAUCAUAGUCUGGACUGCAAAUUGCAGACAGGGCUCAAAUAUUUGCACCCAAAAUUGAUAGUUGUAGCCUUUACUUAGCACAGCCUAGCACAAACCUUAUAGGUUUUUUAAAAAGCUUAUAAUG